GUUUAAAGUCCAACCAAGAGCAGGGGGCAAGUUCAACAACUCUCGUGAUUGGCGAUCAAACCGAUUUGAUCUCCGCACUGCCCGCCACUGACGGCUUGGCGAUGCGACCCUGCCACAGUGUGGAUGCUUGUUAGUGCAGAGAUGUGCAACGGGAUGCACGCAGACGCAGCCAGCAAAAAUAGAUUGCGGGCAGGGCAUAGAUGACGUUGGUUAUGCAAGAAAAUUCAACCUCAACCCCACUGCUCAACGAAGCUUUUUGAGUUUGAAAGUCAAUUAUCCAGGCCAUCAGGAAAUAUCGACAAAGGGCCAUUUGCUGGAUUAAUGCAACGACAACAGAAAUCAACAUACGAUACAGUCACGGCACAGUCAUUUCUCCAGUUUCCGGGCAGCUUUCUGUCGGUGUCAUCCUGCCAGGUCCCGACUCCCGACUCCCGAGCCGGUAAAGUGGAUUGGGUCACUAGCCUCCCGGUCCCUCUCCUGACCUCAGCCCCCUAAACAUGACUUCCUGCCAGUCCCGAAUCGCAUCAUUAUUCGAAGAGUGCGGCUGCUCCAAUCAAAGAUACCAACGGGCUCAGCCUCGCUGGCCCGUUGCCAACGCAUGCCAUUGCACAAGUUGCACAAGGUGCGGCAGGGCAGGCGGGAAUUAAUUAGACAUCGUCCCAGCUCCUUGGUUUGCAUUGACCAAGACAUACGCCGCAUCCUUCCACAAACAACAUCCAUCUGGAAGUUGGACAACUGCUUCCGUGCAUGACAUUCUUGGGGAGAUAUAUCACUAAUACUCCUACUUUGGAUAAACCCUGGACAGAGACUUCUGCAUAACUUUUUCCAACCACUUCGAAAAGACUGUGUCCCAACAGCGCAGCGGCAUCCGCUUUCCGUUUCCUUGCCUGGACUACCUACUUCUUCGAAGUCCGUCAGUCACGGAAUCACACACUUCGCGUGAGCUAUUUCUGGGAGACGCAUACCUUUAUACUGUCAUCAUCGGCCACGCAAACCAGACGAACCCACAGCAGCACGCACCCGCAUCCGAGUUCCACUCAAAACGCGUAAUACCUUCACAUCCACAAUUUGCUCAAGCCGAGCUUCCUCAAACGCCAACAAUUGCAUCCUCCCCCCUGCAGAAACCUUGCGAAGGCCCACUCCCCUGGUUGAUGGAAAACUACAAUUCCAGACCUCCGCCAUCAUGACUCGCAGUAAGUUAACAACCGACCGUUCGUUCUCUUACCACUCUUCUAGAUCUUCUCAUUCCGUCCCCUUGGAGCCUGUCAGCGAGGAAGAAGAGCAAGUAGCUCCUCACAGUACAGCAGAGAUGGCAACCCUCUCGAAGCCACCCUCGCGGCUGAACAGACUCUCCCAAUACCUUCCAGGUAUCAUGACUGCCGAUGCUAAGCUGCCCAAAGACAACCAAACCGUGCUGCGAAAGCCCAUUCCAGCAGAGAGCACCGCACACCUUCCGCCAACCCGAGCUCCUCCACCUGCUCCUUCCCAACCAACGAGCGCGAAGACGAUGCCUCUCCCUCCUCCAAGUCCACACAAACUGCAGAAGCAGGGCACACCUCCAGUUCAAAUUGCGUCCCCGAGAGACGCUUCGCCGAGUCCACAUAGCUUGGAGGAUAGGAGACCACGGGCAAACUCGUUGCUCCCACCACAACCAGAUAUGGCACAGAGACGGUCAUUCUCGAACCCAAUUGCGAGCAGACCCGUGUCAAUGAAUAUGUCGGAAGGAGAGUCAGAGAAGAAGCUGACGAAGAGGAGGAGUUGGCUACCUGGUAGCAGCUCCAAGUCCAGAUCGAGACACCCGUCUCAGGAUCUUGAUGCAGCCCCUCCUCGUGCUUGGGUUUUACACAACGGACAACAAAUCGACUACAAUUUGAAUUUCCUGUUGGGUGGCGACAAGGUCAGUACCGCAAUGCAAGGGGUGUGGGGUGGAAUGUUGACAUUUGCGUGCAGAUUCCAGAACUUUGGGAUGAAAGUAAGGAGGCGAACAUGUUUGUAUAUCUACACCCACGAUCGACAGGACGCGGCCCUCAGAUCAAAUGUCAUUCUCUCGUGGUCCAGUGCUCGCAGAUUCUCCUGGAUAUUAUAUACGACGAUUCACAGAACAGUGCAACAGGCAGUGGCAGAUCUCGGGGCCGCAGCUUUGAUGGGAGAGAAAGUUUGAGCAUUGAAGAUGCUACACGCAAUUUGGCCGUUCGUGGACUUGACUCUCCGCCAUAUACUUCAGAUGUCAGACCCGACAAUUAUUCAGGAUCUGAUGAUUCUGGAGAGGGCAUACCUUCUUUCGCUGACGAACCCCGCGAUCUGCAUCUAUAUUACCCGGUCAGCCUGCAUUCAAGCGGGCCCCAUUUUCCUGACCAGGAUGUUCAGAAGCUUGUUGACGCCCGCAACCUUUUUGCUUUCUUCAACGGGCAACCCCUUGUCUCUACCCCAGCGUGCCCCUCGGUAUUCCACAUUUUCAUGAACAUCGCUGCGGCAUUGAAAAGAUUCGAGUUCUGUGGUAUUGAUGGGACGACUUUCGGAGAGUCUGCAGAUACGAGCUUUGGUUUCUACUUGGCAGAAACGAGCCUUGCGGAUGUUCGUGGCAGCAGAGAGAAGACGGUUGAGAAUCUCAUCCUGGGCGAGCGGAUGCGAUGCUCGACGCUAUAUAAUGAGGCCUUUGCACAUGCCGUGGGCAAGUUGGAGUCGAUUAUCAGCCUCGAUUUGCCAAUAUACAAGGAACUUUCGGGAAUUACACAGCUUCAGUUGGAGCAGUCACGCCGCGAUCUGCUGAAGCUGCAACAAGCUGCUGGUUUCAGAUUGACUGAUUUCGACUUUCCUUCUAUGUUCUCUGGCAUUGCAUCAUCGACAUCCAGUAAUGAGUCGAAGAUCAUCCGCUUCAAGAAUUGGAAGGCUAAUUACAUGUCGAUGCGAAAGCAAGUACUAUCGUUUUACAAGGAUCGAUAUGGUCAGUGGCCACCAAAGGCAAGCAGUAAGAAGAAUACGUUCAAUGAGGGUGGUCUCAAUCGACUGGUUCUGAAGCUUCUCUAUGCUGAUCUCUGCGCCCUAUACGAUUUACUGGUUGAUCGCAGUGCCUUCACAACGAGAGGUAUGCAAGCAUCAGAAGAUAAAGAGAGCGGAAUCGAUGUUUCUCCACCUGCCGCUGCCCUACGGAAGCUACUGGCUGAGUUCGAUCGUUCGUCUCCACCAGUUCAGCCUCCCAUUCCAUUCGAUACCCCCCUCGUACCAACCAUCCAGACCGUCGAACCAACAUUACCAUCUCUAUCGCCCAGAGACCAGCACAAGCUCCAGACACGCAAACUCAAGGAAUAUGAGAUGCUCUUACUCCUGUCGAAGUCGCAUAACGUCGGCGUAGAACCUGGAAACCCUUUCUUAGAGAUGUAUCUGGCAUUCGAAGAGAAGGAAGGCCGAGGAAAAAAUGCACUCGAGCUUUCCGAGCAACGAUACGGCCACUGGAUCUUCCUCUACGCUGUGAUUCAGUCCCUACCUCUUCUAGUGACCGAUGCCCCAACACUACAAUACACCGAGAAUGUCGAGUAUUUCCUGUGUCAGAUGCCCGCAAACGCAAGACCUUGGCUGGAAGAUGGAAACCGCGCAAACAGAUCCUGGUACAACGUCGCAGGCGGAACAGGCGUCGUCAGCUUACCAAGUCACAUGGUAGAGUUCAGCGUAGAGGCAACAUACAGUCGCAGCCACUGCUGGAAAGUAGCCGAACAGCUCGUCGGCGGCGACGCAGACGAAACCCUACACAGCGAGUCCCUCGAGGACGGCUUGAUGUCCCCCCUCCAACCACCACCGGGAUUCGGAGACGGUGAAAUGAGACCCAGAUCUCGAGGACGCCAGAGAAGCUCCAGUGCGGUCUUGAGUCCAAAUGUUCCUGACCGUAAUCAGAGCCGGCAGUCGCAACGUCGCAGCAUAGUGCUAGGGCUGGAGCGCCUGCCUGUUUUCCCCGGUGGCGAGGGUGCUGCUGGUGCUGGGUUCGAACAAGAUGGCGCGUCGCGUAGUCGGCCGAUGAGUAGGGGGUCUAUCUCGGGCCAGGGUUAUGCCUCGCCUGCUAUGAGUCGGGGGACUUCUCCGAUGGCGCAGCCGGGACGAAGAGCGGUUAGUAGGAGUGGUGAGUUGAUGGUGGGGGUGGGAGGACAGGGACAUGGACAUGGACGUGGACAGAGAGGUAGUGUGGGUGGUGGAGCGGUGGCUGGGGCUGGAGCCGGGGCUGGGAGUACGUUUGAUGAUAUUUUGGGGAGUAUUAAUAAGGAUCAGGAGAAGGUGGAGAAGAAGAAGACGAAGAAGGGGUUCUUCUGAUGAAAUUUGAAGAUGGGAGAGGGAGGAGGAAAUGAGGGGAGGAGAACUGCGUGUAAUGACGAGCGAUGGCGAUGUUGAGGAUAUGUGUGCUGUGUGCUGUACUGUGCUGUAUGUGCCGUAUUUUGUGGAGAUGGAGAUGGACAGAUACCAUGUUCUUUUUUUUUCUAUGAUUGGCGAGGUUUUUAGGGCAUAGCGAGGCGUUAAGUUAUAUCUUUGUUUCUGUCGUCAUGUUCAUUUCAAAUUCUAGUUCUUCGCCUCGGGCCCUGAGGCCCGAGGCGGAUCUGGGGGCUUGGGAAUCGGGAUUUGGAUUAGAAUUGAGGUUGAGGUUGAGAUGGUGGUUGGGACGGUAAGGAGGGGUAGAGUUGUAGGGAGAGUUGUAGAGUUGAAGAGUUGUAUAGUGUAAUAUGAUGUAGUAUCGUAUUCUGACGUCCGUCUGACGUACCGCUUACUCGCUCGCUGUAUUUUGUGCGGAAGGAGUGGUUAUGGAUGAGUGGGUGGGUAGUUGGAUGAGUUGGUUGGUUGGUUGGUUGGGUGGUUAUUUGGGCCGCUGGAAGGGAUUUCGAGUUCGUAUUAUGUAUGAUAGAUGUAUAUAUACAUGCGAAGUUUACUCGCUCGCUGCAUUCGACUGGAUUUGGUUCGGGUUGAAUCGGCGCUGUUCGAGUCGAUUAGAUUUGAUUCAAUUUCCUGUUUGUAAGUCGCACUGUUUGUAAAUCACACUGUUUCAAGUCUACA